UGAAAACAGCCAUUAAAUAGCGAGAAGAAACGAUUCUACCUCUGUACGGCUACAAUAGAAUCGAUUUUCCCGCCAAGGGAAUAUCUGAAGUUGGUCGCGAGUCAAACCGCUUUUUUUUUGUGCCUGCGAAUCACAAUAAAAAAAAAUACCAAAACAAAGGAACCGUCGCUUCUUUGCGCACGACUUUUCUCUGAAGAGACGUUUACGUGAUAUUAAGUGCCGCUUCCAAAUUUGAACGCAAAUCCUGACAUUUUCGAGUGGAGUAGCCCGAAGUUAGCCGCGCGUACUGCAGACCAAUGAGCACCGCGCCUCGGACGAUACAAAAUCCGCAUUUUGCCGCCACGAUGUAUUCGCCUUCUCCCUCCCUAAUCUGCGUGAUUGUUUGUCGACCUUCAGCCCUGUCUUUUCACGCGGUAGAGGUCAACUUGCGCCAAGCUCCUCGUGCCUGAUCGAAUGUGAGCAUACAGCGUUUGUACUGCGUGAUCACGCGAUAUCACUCCAUCGCAGACCAGCAAACGUAAAUAGCUCUCGGAAUACUGCCGAAACGCUGAAGGAUAUUUUCCUCGGAUGUUGCCUCCGCCACGUGCUUCUGUGUGGUAACACGCAUACAGGGCUUUGCUUAUACAUAAUAAAAUGUGGGCAGGUGCUACAAUAUUAUUUUUUUAAUAAAUCAUCCAUACUGAUCAGCUUAAAAGCGUGCAAUUAAAUUCACUCACAUUGACAAUGUCACGGAGACUGAGACGCUUUGUUUGCAAUGCAAGAAACACGCUCAUAAGGAUUUUUAGACGCCUUCUGCUAUUUAUCCAUAGAUACCUCGGUAGAGAAUUUAAUGCUCAAUACGAUCUUUUGAUGACAGUCAAAAAUUGUCUGUACUUGGCAUAUUUAUUAGAGCACGGGAGACAAGUCCUGCGGCAGAAAGCAGUUAGUAUCGGGACUACGGUAUUUGUAAUCCUAGUAAGGACAACUGAAACCAUGUUCCGACAUCCUUCGUCACUACGCUCCACGACUGAUGAACAAAUAAGAGUCCUAACUCUAAACAAUGGGGAACAUCUGGAUGGAAUAUUAUACAGAUUGAAAAAAGGUUGGAUAGUUGAGUUUCGACUCGGAGCCUCCCUUCUUGGAAAAGCGCUUGAUGUUUUUAUAAAUCAUCCGUUGUCGGCUGAUAAGGAAUUUGAGAGGCAUACUUAUUAUCAAUUACAAUGGGUUGACGAAUCGGCGAGCAUACAUUUAACUUUACCUGGAUCAUUCCAUUAUUAUGUCACUGAUCAAGUGGAGGGGCGCAUAAAAUCCAUUGCAUCCGGAUACUUGCUGGUGGAUCCUGAGUUGAAAGUUGGUCAAAAUGAGGAGAAACUACCUCUUGAUUGCAUUCAAAUCCAAACAGUUCUGGCAAAGAGUUUAGGACCUUUUUCUACAUGGGAAAGUAAAUUAUUGGUAGCAUUAAAUUCUGGAUAUAAUGCAAUUCAUUUUACGCCGAUACAGGAAUUAGGACAGUCUAAAUCGUCAUAUAGCCUGAAGAAUCAAGCCAUGCUUAAUCCCCUUUUUAAUGAUAAUAAUAAGAUAAUUACUUAUCACGAUAUCAAAACUCUCACAAAUAAAAUGCGAACUGAGUGGAAGAUGUUGAGCAUAUGCGACAUUGUUUUAAAUCACACAGCGAAUGAGAGCCCUUUCUUGGUUUCUCAUCCGGAAUGCACGUACAACUGCAUCAACAGUCCUCAUUUACGUCCGGCAUAUAUCUUGGAUGCAGUACUGUUUGAAUUGACAACCCAAGUGGCUUCUGGAGCCUGGGAAUUUAAAGGUAUUCCCACCGUGGUUGACACCGAGGAUCAUUUAAAUGCAAUUCGUCACGCUCUCAACACUCAUUUCUUGCCACUAGUAAAGAUACACGAAAUGUAUAUCGUCGAUAUCAACGAAAUUGUAACAGAAUUCUUAAACUUGGCGCGCAAUGAAAUGCCGCAAGACGUAAAUAAUACGGUGACGGAAGACAUCAUAGUGAUUCAAGAUCCUGCUUUUCGUAGAUUAAAAUCAAAUGUAAAUAUGCAGCUCGCCCUGAAGAAGUAUAACACGUACAGAGCCGAUUGCUUUGAUGAAGAGACUCGUUUGAAACGAUGUGCAGAGGACUUGAAGAAUAAAUUACAAGAACUCAACGAAGUUAUUAUCAACGAUGUACAAAACCAUCUGAACGCUGCCGUUGAGAAUAGUAUUGCUGGAAUAAGAUAUUUCAGAGUACAAUCCGAUGGUCCAAGACUCAAAGAGAUUAGCGAGAAACAUCCUCUUGUUCCAAGAUACUUUACUGAUUAUGGCGCACCUAAAUCUUUAACAGAAAGAGAAAACAUAAUGUAUUCGAGUGAUGGAUGUUAUCUCAUGGCGCAUAAUGGUUGGGUCAUGAAUGGCGAUCCUUUGAAGAAUUUCGCGGAGCCCGAUUCCAAAGUGUACAUUCGAAGAGAACUUAUUGCUUGGGGAGAUAGCGUGAAACUUAGAUAUGGGCAGAAACCAGAAGAUUGUCCUUUCUUAUGGCAGCAUAUGACGGCUUAUGUGGAGCAAACAGCACAAAUAUUUGAUGGUGUUCGACUAGACAAUUGUCAUUCCACCCCGAUUCCUGUUGCUGAGUAUAUGCUUGACGCUGCACGACGAAUCCGCCCAGAUCUCUAUGUUGUCGCAGAAUUGUUCACCAAUUCCGAUCAAAAAGAUAACAUCUUUGUAAAUCGUCUCGGCAUCACAUCUUUAAUAAGAGAAGCUAUGUCUGCAUGGGACAGUCACGAACAAGGGAGAUUAGUAUAUCGGUACGGAGGAGAGCCGGUUGGAGCAUUUCUACAAUCACGAAAUCGGCCGUUAGUGCCGAGCAUAGCCCACGCCCUGUUCAUGGAUGUGACCCACGACAAUCCCAGUCCAGUGGAAAAACGAAGCACCUUUGAUCUACUUCCGAGCGCUGCGCUUGUAUCGAUGGCAUGUUGUGCCAGUGGCAGCAAUCGCGGAUAUGACGAAUUAGUGCCUCAUCAUAUACAUGUAGUGGAUGAGGAAAGGCAAUACACUUCUUGGACGCACGAUGAUAUAACGGACAAUGUUGAGUUUGUUAACUCGAAAACUGGUAUAAUUACGGCUAAAAAGGCACUAAACGAUCUUCAUUACAUGCUUGGUCAACAAAAAUUUUCACAAGUAUUCGUUGAUCAAAUGGAUACUGACAUAGUGGCUGUAACGAGACACUCGCCGACCACUCACGAGAGUGUAGUUCUGGUCACGUUCACGGCAUUUAAACAUCCAGAUUGCAACGCUCACGAUCUUCGAAGGCAUGUAAAACCACUGAGAGUGGAGGGUAUAGUGGAGGAAAUUAUUUUAGAAGCGUCGCUCUCGCACGUUGAUGCCAAAGAUGGCAAAUCCCCUUUUCUUUCGCAUCAGAAAUAUAUAAAGAAUGAAAACUUCAUAAAUGGAUUGUCCGAAUAUACGUUGAGCCUUAAACAACAUAUACAGUGCUGCGACUCCACGAUAAUCGAGAAAGUCGAUUCCGGCGAUCCUAAGAUCACGCAACUCAACUUUGUCAAUUUCCAACCCGGUUCCGUUAUAGCUAUACGAGUGACUCUCCACGCGAAUAUAAUACCUGCUUUAAGGAAGCUCCAAGACACUAUCUCGCAGAUUAUUUCAAAUGAAAAAUCAGACUUACAUGAUAUAAUUUCUCGCAUGGAUUUCUCGGAUUUGAAUAAAACCUUGUACAGAUGUGACCAAGAAGAACGAGAUGAAACCCAAGGCAAAUUUGGGGUAUACAAUGUGCCGGGAUAUGGACCGUUAGUAUAUGCUGGAUUGCAAGGCAUUGUAUCCUUACUGGCUGAUAUUCGUCCGAAUAACGAUCUAGGACAUCCCUUGUGUGUCAAUCUUAGACAGGGUAACUGGUUGAUAGAUUACGUGUGGCAGCGCUUAAAAGAAGAUGACGGCACUAAACCUCUUGGCAUGUGGCUUGAGCAAGCGAUGAAACCAUUCGAGUUAAUCCCGAGAUACCUUGUGCCAAGUUACUUUGAUGUUAUAAUCGUGAACAUUUAUAGGAUUCUAUUGGAUCAUUGUUACAAUUUGAUGUCGAACUUUGUUCAGAAUGGAACUACAUUUAUUAAAUUACUGAGUUUGAUCUCGGUACAAAUGGGUGGCACAGUAAAAUCGUCGCAAUUGCCGGAUUUGUCGCCGAAUCUCAGCCCGCCUAAGCCUAAAACUAAAAUUUAUGACGGAGUGGCUAAGCAAACGUGUUUAACGUUAUCGGCAGGUUUGCCACACUUCGCGACUGGUUAUACGAGAAAUUGGGGUAGAGAUACCUUCAUCGCUCUGAGAGGGCUGUUUCUUCUGACAGGCAGGCAUGACGAAGCAAGAUUCAUUAUCCUUGGAUUCGCCGGUACUUUGCGACAUGGCCUGAUACCUAAUCUACUCGAUAAAGGAAGCAAUGCGAGAUACAAUUGCCGCGACGCUCUAUGGUGGUGGCUCUACACCAUAAAAUGUUACGUCGAAGAAGUCUCUGACGGUGUACAUAUCCUUUCUGAUAAAGUCUCGAGAUUGUUCCCAACUGAUGAUUCGUCAGCUUUGCCAGCGGGGCAACAUGAUCAAUCGUUGUACGAAGUAAUUCAGGAAGCUCUCACAAUACAUUUUCAAGGUCUCUGCUUCAGAGAGAGAAAUGCCGGGAGACAGAUCGACGAGCACAUGACCGACCGCGGAUUUAAUAAUCAAAUCGGCGUUCACCCCGAAACCGGCUUCAUAUUCGGCGGCAACGAUGCCAAUUGUGGCACCUGGAUGGACAAGAUGGGAUCUUCCGAAAAAGCUGGUAAUAAAGGCAAACCGGCUACUCCGAGAGACGGCUCCGCUGUAGAAAUAGUCGGACUGAGCAAAUGUGUUCUUAGUUUUUUGGCUGAGUUGUAUAAGCAAAAUCUUUUCCCGUACGGCAGCGUUCAACGUAAAAGUCGCGACGGUAACGUAAUAACUUGGAGUUACAAGCAAUGGGCCGACAAAAUUCAAGAAAACUUCGAGAAGUACUUUUAUGUGAAUGAGAUUCCCACGCCAGGCGAGUUGAAACCCAAUUUGAUCCAUCGGCGAGGUAUAAUCAAGGACAGUCACGGAGCGACGCAAGAAUGGGCAGAUUUUCAGUUACGACCUAACUUUCCGAUCGCAAUGGUUGUGGCUCCGGAACUGUUUAAUCCUCAUCAUGCUUGGACAGCGCUGAAGAAAGCGGAGGAGCUACUACUAGGACCAUUGGGAAUGAAGACGCUAGAUCCUGCAGAUUGGGCGUAUAACGGUUAUUACGACAAUUCCAACGAUAGCACCGAUACUAAAGUAGCGCAGGGAUGGAAUUAUCAUCAGGGGCCUGAAUGGAUUUGGCCAAUAGGAUAUUUUCUGCGAGCACGUUUGCAUUUUGCGUCGUUAAUCUACGAUAAAGAUGAAUUACAUCGUACGAUCGAGUCGACCGAAACUAUUAUUUCACGACAUUUCAUCGAAGCGUCCACCAACUAUUGGAGAGGCCUUCCUGAGCUCACUAACAAAGACGGAGCUUAUUGCGCAGAUAGCUGUCGCACCCAAGCGUGGAGCGCUUCAACUAUAUUAGAGGUACUAUACGACUUGCAAAAGCUCAAACGGGAAUUGCAAUCUGAGCAAAUGAAAUCCGGGUAUUGAUAUCAUUUUGCGUGUGUUUAUCAUCACCAGCUACGCUUAGAGCAAUUAAAAUUAGAGGCGAGACAUAGUGGUGCCAGGAGCAGAAUGGAUGACACGAACAUGAGCUUUCUCAACGGAGCAGUAACCGCCACACCGCGCACACCAGAAACACACGCAUAUUAUAUUCCGCACGUAGAUGUAACGAACUUGCAAAUUCGCAAAUCUAUAGUUGCUACAGUUGAUAAUGCAUCCGCAA